AGGCGUGUGAGCGCGUCAGUCCGAGCGCAGGUUUGAGUCCUGGAGUGUGUGAGAGGAUCAGUCAGGAAUAACGCGCCUCUGUUUCUCAGGCUUUAUUCUGGACCCAGACACUAUAACACACACAACACACACUCCUGCAGCAGAGAGCACAAGAGGGAGCGGUUCACCCUGCUGCCGUGUUUGCUCGGGUCUGAGUCCAUGCAAACUGCCAUCUGAUCCACGUUUAUCAAUGCGGGAGCUGAUCAUGGCGGAUGGCCCCCGGUGUAAGAGGCGAAAACAAGCCAACCCGCGGAGGAAAAACGUGCUGGACUUUGAGAACGUUGUAGAAACUGGAUCGGAGACGGAAGAAGAAGACAGACUUUUGGUAUCGGAGGAGGACGCUUUGCUUAAUGGGGCGGGGAGUCCGGCCAGCCUUGUCAAUCAUGAGUCUGAGGCUCCGCCCUCUCCGACUCUGAGUCACACACUACUGAGGAAGACUGUGGAUGAUGAAGAUGACAUGAAGGACAGCGGCAUAGAGAACGUUUGGCAUGAAAAUGACUUGCUGAAUGCGUCAAUCGAUGGUACAGAUGAACUGAAGGCUGAUUAUGACACUAUGGGGACCGAUGUAUCUCUGGAGCCCAUUGGGAAUGGUACAGUGAAGAGCGUUCACUGUGACACCGAUUUCGAGGAUUUCUUCGGGAAGCGUAAACUGGUGGACACUGAAAGUCACGUGGUCAGCAUCGCCGAAUACCUCCAGAGAGGAGACACAGCCAUCAUCUACCCUGAGGCGCCGGAGGAACUCUCCCGAUCCCGGCUCGCCACUCCUGAAGCCACCGGACACGAGGAAAACGACCUGCCACCUGGAACUCCAGAUGCUUUCGCCCAACUGUUGACCUGCCCCUACUGCGACCGGGGCUACAAGCGCUUGACUUCCCUGAAGGAGCACAUCAAGUACCGGCACGAGAAAAACGAGGAGAACUUCGCCUGCCCUCUGUGCAGCUACACGUUUGCUUACCGCACUCAGCUGGAGAGACAUAUGGCCACACACAAGCCAGGCCGAGAUCAGCAUCAGAUUCUCAACCAGGGUUCUGGGAACCGCAAGUUCAAAUGCACUGAAUGUGGCAAGGCCUUCAAAUACAAACACCAUCUAAAGGAGCACCUGCGGAUACACAGUGGUGAGAAGCCAUACGAAUGUCCAAACUGUAAGAAGAGGUUUUCACACUCCGGGUCCUACAGUUCACACAUUAGUAGUAAGAAAUGCAUUGGAUUGAUUGCAAUCAACGGCAGGGUUAGGAACAACCUAAAGACUGGUUCAUCCCCAACUUCUGCUUCUUCCUCUCCUACGAACAAUGCCAUUUCUCAGCUACGACACAAACUGGAGAACGGCAAACCUCUCGGAUUGCAAGACCAGUCCAACCACCUCAACAUCAAAUCUGAACCACUGGACUUCAACGACUAUAAGCUGAUGAUGGCCUCUCAUGGCUACGCUACGGGAAGCCCUUUUCUCAACGGUGGAGUGAGGGGAGGCAGUCCGUUGGGCAUUCAUAACUCCCAGAGUCCCCUACAGCACCUGGGAAUGGGUAUUGAGGGGCAAAUGUUGGGAUACCCAUCACUGGGAAACAAUCUGAGUGAGGUACAGAAGGUGCUUCAGAUUGUGGAUAACACAGUUUGUCGACAAAAGAUGGACUGCAAGCCGGAGGAGAUCUCCAAGCUGAAGGCGUACAUGAAGGAGUUGGGUUCCCACAUAGAGGAGCAGAAGCAGGGGCUCAACUCCUCUGGUGGAGGCCAGGGCACUCUUCCACUCAUCAAUCACAAUGGAGCCACCAAGAGCAUCAUAGACUACACACUCGAGAAGGUCAACGAAGCCAAAGCCUGCCUCCAAAGCUUGACUACAGACUCUAAGAGGCAAAUUAGCAAUAUAAAGAAAGAGAAGGCAAAUCACAUGCUAGAUUUAGGAAUGGAGGAAAAAGCUCAUGAGAAUAAUUUAAUGUUUACACCAUUCUCCUGCCAGUAUUGCAAAGAGACGUUCCCAGGGCCCAUUCCUUUACACCAGCAUGAGCGUUACCUGUGCAAGAUGAACGAGGAAAUCAAAGCAGUGCUUCAACCCGCUCAGAAUGCCCUGACCAACAAACCCGGCUUGUUUUCUGAGAAACAUGGCCUGUUGCAUCCUUCCAUCAUCCCUGAGAAGAGCCUCAAUGGCCCAAUCAGUCCCUACAAGGACCACAUGUCAGUACUAAAAGCUUAUUUCGCCAUGAACAUGGAGCCCAACUCCGAAGAACUACUGAAAAUCUCCAUAGCGGUUGGCCUUCCGCAGGAGUUUGUGAAAGAGUGGUUUGAGCAGAGGAAAGUCUUUCAGUACACCACUUCCAGAACUCCUCCUUUAGACAGGAGUCCCGUGGAGUCUAUCCAUCCGGUCUCCGCUCACACACCCACUAAAGACUCUUUAGGAAUUCGUUCUCCGAUGUCCCUUGUCAAAGGUAGCGACCGCAUCACAUCCCCAGCCAUCCCCGAGCUACAUAACAACUGCGACACCCCACUCAGGCUGUCCAAAACCCCCCAAUACUCCAAUCACAAGCAGCUAGGGGAUAAGAUGGACCACUCCCGGAGCAACACGCCCUCUCCUCUGAACUUAUCGUCCGCCUCGUCCAAAAAUUCCCACACUAGCUCUUACACGCCCAACAGCUUCACCUCCGAGGACCUGCAGGCCGAGCCUCUUGACCUCUCCUUGCCAAAGCUCAUGAAGGAGCCAAAGCACAUCUUGACUGUGAAAAGCCGACUUAAGCUCAACAGUGGCCCCAUGGACCACAAUCACGUAGCGACACCCCGCGAGCAUGCGGACGAGCCACUCAACUUGGCGUAUCUCUCCAAGAAGGAGUUCGGCAGCCCCAAUGCAAACAGCAAUCUGGACAAAAGCUCUAGUCCUAUGUUUGGUCUAAACCCGUUCGCUGCCAAACCAAUGUACACCUCCCUGCCACCCCAAAGUGCAUUCCCGCCGCCUACAUUCAUGCCCCCAGUGCAGGCCAGCCUCCCAGGGCUCAGACCCUAUCCCAGUCUCGACCAGAUAAGCUUUUUGCCACACAUGGCCUACACGUACGCGGCAGGGGCAGCCAGCUUCGCAGAGAUGCAGCAAAGGAGAAAAUAUCAGCGGAAACCAGGGUUCCAGAGCGAGCUUCUUGACGGGCCGGCAGAUUAUCUGAGCAGUCUAGAUGAUAUGGCCGACCCCGAGGCCUGUCUGUCCAGGAAGAAGAUUAAGAAAACAGAAAGUGGUAUGUACGCGUGUGACCUUUGCGACAAAACAUUCCAGAAGAGCAGUUCCCUCCUCAGACACAAAUAUGAGCACACAGGUAAGCGGCCGCACCAGUGUCAGAUCUGCAAGAAAGCGUUCAAACACAAACACCACCUAAUCGAACACAGCCGCCUGCACUCCGGGGAGAAGCCCUACCAGUGUGAUAAAUGCGGGAAGCGCUUCUCACACUCGGGCUCGUACUCUCAGCACAUGAACCACAGAUACUCAUACUGCAAGCGGGAGGCAGAGGAGCGCGAGGCGGCAGAACGGGAGGCCCGAGAAAAGGGACACCUGGAGCCCACGGAGAUGCUGCUGAACCGGGCGUACCUACAGGGCAUCGGUCCCGCCGGAUACCCGGAGCACCCGGAGCGGGAGCCCAUCCUGCGGGACGCCCUGAACGGAAGCAUUCGGGAGCGGCUCCAGGAGGUGGAGGGAGCGUUCGUCAAAAUGAGCCGCAGAGAGCACGACUUCGAGGAGGAGGAGGACGAGAGCGAGAACAAAAGCACGGACGGUGACACUAUGAGGGACGAGGAGGAAAAUGGAGAGCACUCCAUGGACGAAAGCUCCAAAUCGGAGUCCAAAUCGGACCAUGAGGAUGCAAUGGAGGACGGGGUGUAGCGCUUGUUCUGUCGGAGGGAUGCCAAAAGUAUUGAUUUCCGUAACAAUCGGUACUGAAAUGUUUUAGAUGUUCAUUUCUUGCUGAUGUUUGAGUGUUUCUCGUGCGCUCUUAUGCAGAAGACAACAUUUCGAGCAAUGUUGCAUGGCAAUAUUGUCAUACUUUCCUUUUUCAGUAUUGUAUCUGCAACCCUUUGACCUAAUUUGGUUUGACCUAGUUGUCUAUUUAUGACGUCAUCAUUUCCUAAAGUUGCCCUUCAGCAGUGCUUAAAAAAAGUUUCAUCAGCAAACACCGCUGUGUUCACAUGCUCAACAGAAAUGACUGUGAUUGGCUACGAUGAUCAUCGCUUUACCACCUGUCACCAUGUGCAAACACAUGCAGGGUGCAUCUCAAUCAGUACUCUUGUUCACUAGUGCACUGAUCAGAGCGUCAGCAGCUCAAUAGCAAAAUUCUUCUAGUGCACUUAAAUGUCUAACAGUAUCUGGAUGUAGCCUACAGCCUACAGCCUACAGGCUGAGACUGCAUCUCUCUGCAACGUCAGACACAAUUCACUCAAUGGAGCUAGUGACGUCACUGUAGGGUUAGGGUGGGGGUUAGGUGAGCCAAAUACUAUACACAGGACAUGUCACUCAUAUACUUUUGAAUGGGGAAAAGUGUCACUGUCAAGAUGGCGUAUGAAGCCCCGCCUUCUAGUACAGGAUCCAAUCAGCGAUCACUAGAUGACAAAUAAAGCCCACCUUUUAGUACAGGAGCCAAUCAGCGAUCGCUAUAUGGCAUAUAAAGCCUGCCUUCUAGUACAGGAGCCAAUCAGCGAUCGCUAUAUGACAUAUAAAGCCCGCCUUCUAGUACAGGAGCCAAUCAGCGAUCGCUAUAUGGCAUAUAAAGCCCGCCUUUUAUUACAGGAGCCAAUCAGCGAUCGCUAUAUGGCAUAUAAAGCCUGCCUUCUAGUACAGGAGCCAAUCAGCGAUCGCUAA